CUUGCGAAGACAACCGACAGACAGACAGCAGCAGAGCUUACAGCACAGAACAGCACAGAACAGCACAGCACAGCACAGCACUGCACAGCUCACAGCUCAUAGCUCACAGCUCAUUCUCGUGCUACCACUCGAAUUCGUACUCGUCGAACUAACAGUCGCGCCGCAAUUCGGGCUCUGCAUCGGCGUCCGUGUCGUCAGUAUCGGUAUCGGUGUCCGUAUCGGUCUCAUUUACGUUUUGUUCUGCUCAUUACUUCCAUUCACACUUGCCACAGCGACAAAAGUAAAUAUGCAAAUAGAAAAAUCGUACACAAAGCAAAUGUGAAAACCAAACAUAACCAAACAUGAAAUUAUUCAAAUCUGCGUGCACAUCGUGAACAAGUUGCGGUCUUCUGAUUUCACGGCGGCAAAUAUGAAAUCGGACUUCUCCUUUGACGAACUCUGUUCUGUGACAAACUCAGUUUUGCAUCUUGUCUCUAACGUUCGAACAUAAAGAUACAUAUUCUUCAAAUGCCUAUUAUCUGAAGAUAUUAAUUAUUAAAAAGCAGUCAAAGUUUGUGUUGUGUUGCAGAUAAAUUGCAAAAAUAUUCUAAUGAUACAAAUCGGAUAGUAUUAUAGUGCAUAUAUGCCUUGUUCAAAAGUGAUUCAAUUCAAUUGAGAUUCAAAGAAAUUAUUGCUUUAUUAAAGAUUAUUCAAGUGUAGGAGUGUCCGAGUGUCCGAGUGUCGGAGUGUCGUAGUUUUGGAGUGUCGAGGUGUCGAAGUGUUGGAGUGCAGAAGUUCAAAAGUUCAAUUAAUAAACGCUAAGCGAAGAACUUCACCUAUCAAGUGCUUAAAACAAUUUUCAAGGCAAUAAUAUGAUUUUCGAUCGGUAUGGUGUAUCAGGUAAUAGCAGCGAGGAGUACGAACAUGGUAUAGAACGUCUCGACGUUGGAAAAUACGUUCAAACGGUUCCGCAUUUAGUUCCGCCAGUACCACAUUUGCAAAUAUUAAACUGCAGCAGAUAUCAACAAAAGCAUCACCAACAGCAAGAACAUCAACAACAGCAAUAUCCUCCGAACUGCUAUAAUAUUCUUGAUAUGCAAAAUUUAUCCGAUAGUCAAACCUGCGAGAAAUCACCGCAACGGUCGCCAUACAAUGUCUCUUCACCACCACCAACUGCAGCAACGGCGGCUGCAGCAAUUAACCUGCAAUCACACCAGUACUCUCAGAUACACCAGCUGCUAAACAGCAGAAGAAUGCAUGCAGAGCGCUUCCUCUCUGAGAUAUCCCGCGCUAGAGAAUCUAUCUGUGAUUUAGACGUACAAGAAAGUGGAGUUUUUGCAAGAGUUCUUUUACAGAAGGGCACACGGUAUGGGCCUUUUCCUAUCAAGUUUUGCACCGAGCCCUUGGAUCGUAAUUUUGCGUACGAGGUUAUUGCUAAUACAAAUUCUCAAGGAUGGCUGGAACCGUCUGCGGAGGUUUCAAAUUGGACCCGAAAAAUUCGGCUGGUGAGCAAAAAUGAGGAGGCGAAUGUGAAAAGUUUAAUACUGUCCGGCUACCUUUUUUACGAAACAACGCAGAUUCUAAACGCUGGGGAAGAGUUAAAGUUUGACCCCAGCUGUAAAGCGCCCUUACAUGUUUCAGAGGGAUUUCUAAACGGAAAUUUUUCCUUACCGCUGACCGGGGAAAACGCCAAUGAACGGGAAAAAGGUGUCAUAUAUAACGGAAAUACAACAGGUGAUGAGGAUUUCAGUAAAGAAAAAGUCCCUGCCAAUCAGUCCGAAAAUAAUUUAUCUGACGACGAAAACGGUUUCGAUAUACGCUGUGAGGUCUGUGAUAAAACAUUUGCGGAUAUAGAACUCCUAGACGAUCAUUUGGUCGCUGUUCAUCACUUUCGAAAGAACGAAUUUUCCUGUGAGCUGUGCGCAAAACUUUAUUGCCAUAGACCUCUGCUACUUAAACACCGAGCCCUUGAUCAUAACGACGUUCGAAAAUAUCCCUGCGAAAACUGUACAAAGGUAUUUUGUGAUCCAUCAAACUUACAGCGCCAUAUUCGCAACCGCCACAUUGGUGCUAGAAGCCACGCUUGUCAUGAAUGCGGGAAAACGUUUGCGACAUCGUCCGGUUUAAAGCAGCACACUCAUAUACACUCAUCUGUUAAGCCCUUCCAGUGCGAAGUAUGUUUUAAGGCAUAUACUCAGUUUUCUAAUUUAUGUCGGCACAAGCGUAUGCACGCCGACUGUCGUAUGCAAAUCAAAUGUAAUAAGUGUGGACAAAGUUUCAGCACUGUAACUUCAUUAUCCAAACAUAAGCGGUUUUGUGAUUCAACAAGUAUAGUAACAACUCCAGUGGGGAUUGCUUCAGGACUUGCGCAGCAGUUAUCGCCACAAGUAACGCAGCCAAGAGUUUCAGUACCAGGAGCGAAUGCGUCUAAUCCCACAAUGGCUGCUCCACCAAAUCCGUUCUUUUUAUUCCGCUCACCGACACCAUUUUUUCCUGGUUUCCCAGGAGCCUAUGGCUUACAAGGAAUGUUUGCACAGAGUCAAGCAGCGCACAAUUCAAACUUUCCACUGAUUUUUCCAAAACCGAACUUGGAUUUACGGAUGCCAACAGCAAAUCAGUGUAAUUCGGAAGAGCCAAAGUUUGCUGCAAAUUGCACAAACCUUAAUAACUUAGACUUAAAUCAACACAUAAACUUUGACACUUUGCGUCACUCCCUGCCUACAAAAGUCAAUUACCAGCAAGGCACGAGAACAAACAGUUGCAACAAAAAUCAUAACUACCUUGAAAUUAAUGCCUCAGACGUAUACAGUACCUCCUGUCCAACACCAAAAAAUCGCAAUUCUUUUUUGCCUUCAGAUGAAGAUUCGAAUUCAUCAAGUUUUGCACUUAAAUCUCCACCUUCAGAGUCGAUGUUUGAAGGUAUCACAAAUGGCGCGAAAUAUGAAAAACGCAACUCAGAAGAUGAUAAGAAAUCCAUAGAUAUUAUAAACACUCCACCACCGGUUGAAAGUAAUUUACAGCAGUCGAGCAGUACGGAGUUGCCACUAGAUCUAAGCGUCAACAAAAAACAAAAACGAAAAGAAAAUAGUGACAUUAUGUUGGAAAAAUUAUCGAAAAAGAUUAAAACUGCUAACGAAAGUGAGAAAGGAAGUUAUGAAAGAGAAAAUGACAACAAUAGUGAACACAAAGUACAACAAGAGUCCAACCCAGACCUAGACGCUGAUCAAUCAAAUAUUAGCGCAAAAAGUCCAUCUGAAAUAAAUUCAGUAUGCUUGUCAUUUUAUAAAAAUUCGGUGCCAUCAGUAUCACCUUGUCCAACACCAUCACCAUCACCGCCAAGCAACGAUUUACAAAGUGGUAAUGGAGAGAGUUUACCAGCAAUGGCCUGCCCACAACCUAUUCAUCCAAUGUUUCUGGACGAAAUAUAUCGAACGAAUGCAUUAGCGGCAUUUCAAAGACCAUUUAAUUUUUUAGGCUCAAUGAGUGGACGGUCUUGCUUUGAGCGCACGUCAAACUUGGCCGUGCAUACGAACGGCAAUGAACAUUUUCCACCUGAACACACAUUUCGAGAAGCUUUACGAGCAACAAGUCUUUCAAGUAGAGUUCUACAAGCUACCACAGGCAAAAUUAAAGAUCGCUAUACGUGUAAAUUCUGCGGUAAAAUGUUUCCACGCUCAGCCAAUCUCACUCGGCAUCUUCGUACACAUACCGGAGAGCAACCUUACACGUGCAAAUAUUGCGAUCGUGCUUUCUCUAUUUCAUCAAAUCUACAGCGCCAUGUACGCAAUAUACAUAACAAGGAACGUCCAUUCCGUUGUCAUUUAUGUGAUAGGUGCUUCGGCCAACAAACAAACCUAGAUCGCCAUCUCAAGAAACACGAAGUCGAUACAACCGGCCUUGGUUUAAACAUCGGUGAUUCCCCUUCAUCAAAUGAAGCAGACAGGGAAGAAUCAUAUUUCGAUGAAAUACGCACAUUUAUGGGUCAAGUAACGUAUAACGAGAAUUUAUAUACACCAACCAGUAUUCCAGGAGCAGAAAACGACACUGACUAUGCUGGCAGUGAUGCCGAAAAUGAUAUUUCAAUAUCUCGAUCAUCCUCAGCCGAUGUCAUACUAUCCGAAUCGAAAGAAACAAUAGCAAAGCAAAGCGAUAAAAGUAUUCGGACACUCUCAUAAAAUCAAUUGCUAAGCAAUUUAUUAAUUCUACUCCUCGAGUUCUGCACUAUCGCCAACAGCGUAUCAACAACUACCUACAAUACUAUAUGCCAAUCAAAUCAACUUUCGGAGAUGAUAGCACGACAUGAAAACCACUUCAGAGAAGCCAUUCACUUUCUUCUAUUUAUUACAAUAUUGGCUUCUUUGCAAAAUAAUUUAAGUAUUUUAAGAUAUUCAAAUUUAUGCACCCAAAGAAGUACAUCAAUGGGAUGCGUAUAGAUAUUUAUAGAACUAUAUAUUGCUUUUGACAUUUUGAAGGCUUUAAUUUUUUCUAAAUGAUGGCUAGUAUUACAGAGAAGUAUCAGAUAUCUGAUUAAUAUUUAUCGUAUGUAUAAGAACGAAACUUUCUGAACA